AUGAGAGUAAUCAUCUGGUUGGGUGAACAGACACCUGAGACUGACGUGUUGUUUCAUUCAAUGCAACGUCUGGAGAAAUGGGUACAGAGAUAUCCAUACAAGAGCUGGGAAUCCUUAGACAGAAGGUGGUUUGAGAUGUGGUCUAUUGUUGGAAAUGCGCACACAGAUCUUCUCUUGCAACAACGCAAGGGCUUGGAGAACGUCCUGUCUCGACCCUGGUUCAAAAGAGUAUGGAUUAUUCCAGAAGUCGUCAACGCACGGUCUGCUGAAGUGGCGUGCGGCCUGAAGACAGUAUCAUCUCCCAUAUUUGUGGUCACGCCAUCUCUGCUAGGUGUGACACCCGAUUCUUACUGUCAAGCAAUCAUGGAUAUCAUGCCAGGACCUGGACGGAAGUACUCCUGGUGGGCAAAGGACCCAGAUUUCAGUACAAUCCUACUGAAGUUCAAGGGGGGUCAGGCGGCCGACCCCAGGGAUAGGAUCUAUGCAUUACUUGGUCUCUGUCGAGACGAACAUACCCAAGCGAUACAUCCAGACUAUACAAAGUCUCUAGCAGAGGUUAUCCAAGACACUGUUGCGGCUUUACUAAGGAUCGACGACGGCUGGGAAUCUACAUGUCUCUUCCCUGAGUGGGAUUUGUCGGAGUUCUACAAGAACUUGCCUUCACUGGUCGACACAGUUUGUAGGUGGGCCAUCAAAGAAGGUCAUACUACCACUCUAGAGACUAUCAUGCACCGAAAUAAUGUCCACGUUAUCGGGCAUAGUUUUGGUCCUGAGAGUCUCUUAUGGGAGCCCAUAGUGAAUCUCGAUACAGCGAUCGUGCAGUUGCUCUUCGAGGUGGGCGCAGACGUGGACUUUCGCAACGAAGAGUCGUGCGAUGCGCUCGUUGCCGCUGUGAGGAAUGGUCACAGGCAAACAGUAAAGCUGUUGCUCGAAAGAUUCACCAAAGUUGAUAGAAGCGGGGAUGAUUACAACAACAUCCUUCGUCAUGCAGAUCUUCGAGAGCUACUACCUGAAGCAGGCGACAAUUCUCAUGUUCUCGGAAGAAAGAACGUCGAUGGAUCUCAGGUUACCUCGGCUGAUGACAGCAUCAGCUCUACAAAGAACAGUCAUACAUACGUCAACUCGACUAGUGAUCGAGAAGAAUGGGAUGACAUGACAAAAGUCAAUUUAGGAGGAUCCCAUCGAGUUCUCGAUACUCAGGUUCAGCAACAGAAGUUCGAAGACGUCGAUGUUCAGUCGCUCGUUUCCGAAGAAGGCGACACGGCUUCCAGCGCGUCAAUGCCUUUGCCAUCGUGGGCUAGCGAGACGGAACUUAUAAUGAUUGGUGUUUUUGCUAAGAGCUCCGUCCUUUCUCCAUUGUACUCAAAGGCGCUGCAACUUAUGCCAGAAGAACGAUUUAUCAACAACUUCAGACGUUUACUGAAGGCUUUCCAUGGGAAUCUCGUAGCAUCCGACAAUUCAAAUGUCACACGUCAGCUUGCAAAACUUUUGAGGUCUAAGCAACGCCAAAGUAGGAUUGCCAGGAUGAUCAUAGCCCGACACGUAGCUCCGCAAAGCUCUUGGAAUGAGGAAGAGCUUGCCAAUUUACGUGAUCAGGAGAAGCAAGCUUAUACAAACGUGGAACGUUGGCUUGAUAGAACCAUCGUCUCCUCUACCAUUAUCGAUACUCAGGCGGUCCACUCAGCAGACACAAGUAAAGAGUAUGAGAGUGAUGACGACAGUGAUUCCGAGUCAGAUGGGGAAGAAAACAUAUCUGAUUUUGCCCAGUAUCCGAGGUUAGACCUUGUUGUUCAGAAGCUUGUGGAAGGACAACCUUUCCAAGAUAUGUUGGCCAGCUUCAAAGAGCUUCUCUUACCACCUGGACUUUUGAAAGAGCUGUUACCAAUACCAAGAAACAAAAUCACAUAUGUAACAACAACCGAAGUUAGUCUUCUGUCAAAAGUUCAGGGAUUUCUCGAGGAGAUCACCGCAUUGGAAUGGGAUUGGUGGCCACUAUCGCCUAGAAUGAGACCACUGAAACCCAGUGAAACGCGUGUUUAUUGGGAGUGUUUUUGUGGAAUGCACCGAUGGAGAGAAUUGAGACUGGAGCAACAAGAGAUUUUAGACGAGAUUCUCAACGAGUCUUCUGCUGACAAUCAUCCUCGACCACUUUGUGCUUUACUCCGAGAUAAAAAGAAUACUUCCUGUUUGCAGACUCUAAUUACAGCCUGCUUCAUCUGGGUCGUUGGUGGUUCUCAAAAUCCAGCCAGCCAACCAAAUCGAGAUGUCACCUCUGGUGCUCACGGUUCUGCACCUUCCAGCGGAGCUGCCCCAUCACUCGGAACUCAGGCGAUGCAGUCAUCACCCGGAAGUAGUGCAGCUAGUGCUACUUCGCAAGCAGGAGGAAAUAUACCUAUGCAGCCUACAUCCGCUAAUGCUCAGACCACGCAAAGCUCCUUGGUAAACAACUCGGCGUACAACAAGCAGCUGUGGGUUAAUUUUGGGGUGGAUGGCUCAUGGACCUCAACGGAGCUAGAUCAACUUGGCGGUCUCCACUUGGUGAGCGAUGCUGCCUUCCUACGAAACCUUGGAAGAAGACACCGCGAGAUAAGGGGUUGGUUUCGACACUACUUCUCGUUCCGCAUCAUAAGCUACUGGGAAUUUCUCCGCUUCAAAAGACUGCCAUUACUUCCCCCUCAGACCAUCGAUCUUGAAGCAGAUCUGCCCACAUCUAGCGACUACGAAUAUGAUCCGAGGCCGCCGCUCGCGACAAGAGAUAAGCCUGGCAUCACCAAGCACGAAUUUGAAGUCUAUGUACGACUUUGCUUGGAUCCCUGCUGGCUGUCAUCUCUGCUCAUGCCACACAAGUGCCGCACAGUGGAAGAUUCCGCUGUUGAUAUCGUCGAUAAGAUUCCAAAGUACAAGAAGCUUUUGGAACAGCGCGCCCAAGGAGACGAGCACGUUUGGGGUAUAAGAGCGAGAUAUGUUGUGUCUGGUGUUCGUGUGAUUGCGCUCCACGUUGCUAUUCUUUGCAUUUCCUUUGGUGUGUGGAUUUGGUGGCAAUGGAAGCAUCCGGAUGAUCUUCAGGGAGCUGCGGUUGCGCUCACAACUGCAUUUCUCCUCGUAUCUACAUUUUGGAGUGCAACUGGCGUCCUGAAGGAUCUGCGCUAG